AUGUGGAUGGAGGAGGCAAAGAGACGUCUUGAAGAAGAGGAAGAGGAAGGAAAGGAAUUGACAGCGGAGAUGAGCCAGGUUCUCGAAUAUCUCUCAUUCUCGCUCUAUAAGCAAGGGAACCUCAAACACGCGCUGAAGUUGGUGGAAGAGCUGGUCAAAAUCGAUCCCACACAUCCUCGUGCUAAGGGAAACGUCAAAUGGUACGAAGACCUUCUGGCACAAGAAGGUGUCAAGAAAGCUGAUAUGAGGAGGUAA